GUGACGAGUCGGCUACGCACGCUUUAUCAGGCGUCUUCCCGCGCGACUGCCUCUCUGUUCUCCCGGUUCCUCAGAGCCUGCUGUGUCUCCGGCCUUUUGGCUUUUAAUUUUCCAGGAUUUACAUUCGCCAUGUCUUCUGAAGAAGGGAAACUCUUCGUUGGAGGGCUCAACUUCAAUACCGAUGAGCAGGCACUCGAAGACCACUUCAGCAGCUUUGGGCCUAUCUCUGAGGUGGUUGUUGUCAAGGACCGGGAGACUCAAAGAUCCCGGGGUUUUGGCUUCAUCACCUUCACCAACCCGGAGCAUGCCUCAGACGCCAUGAGAGCCAUGAAUGGAGAGUCUCUGGAUGGGCGCCAGAUCCGUGUGGACCAUGCAGGCAAGUCUGCCCGGGGAACCAGAGGGGGUGCCUUUGGGGCCCAUGGGCGCGGUCGCAGCUACUCUAGAGGUGGUGGAGACCAGGGCUAUGGAAGUGGAAGAUACGACAGUAGACCUGGAGGAUAUGGGUACGGGUAUGGCCGGUCUAGAGACUACAGUGGCAGAAGCCAGGGUGGUUAUGACCGCUAUUCAGGAGGAAAUUACAGAGACAAUUAUGACAACUGAGAUGGGGCAUGCAUGCACACAUAAUGUAGAUACACAAGGAAUAACACUUCUGAUCCAGGAUCGUCCUUCCAAAUUGCUGUAUUUAUAAAGAUUUUUGGAGCUGCGCUGAAACAUCUGUUUUAGUACAUCAAGUUCUAUUUUUGAAUUGAGCUCCCAACGUAGUUUGAUAAAGACCUCUUAGAAAGCUCCAUGUGUGUAAACAUAUUUUUCCUUUUAAAGACAAAUUUUAAGACAUUGGUUAUGGUACCAAUAUUUUUCCUUUAUGUCCAAAAAAAGUUUUAUUUCUGGCCAGAAAGGUAGUCAAGCUAAUGUUUUGAAAAUUAAUAUGUAUUUAGGGACAUUUUUAAAAUAGUUGUACACAAUGUUUAUUACGGCCAGAAAGUGAUUUCUGAAUGUACCUAUGAGCAAUCUGAAUCAAGAUCAUGACUACCUAGAGAUGUUUUUUUUAUUCAAGGUCACUGUCCUGGUUAUAUAGAAGAGCUUCUUUAAAAUGUUUGUGAAUGUCAUUUUUUUAAUACUGGAAGAAAAGAUAUUCUGUUGUGUUUGAUGUGUUUAGGAUGUCCUUUAUGGAGCUAAUUAAAACAUGAAACCUGAACACAAAUCAAUAUUGAUAAUGGUUUUUCCUUAUUCAACACAGUUUACAUUUUAGAACUAGAGGCAAGGCAGGUGGAUGGAAGCUUGGAAAUGUAGUGGUUCGGGCAGGAAAGUAAAGUUUAGAUUCUGGGUGUUCCCUUAUGACUAGAACUGGGUUUUCUUUCACAACUUUUGUUUCCUUAAGUUUACUUUUCCUAGCACAAGGUGUACCCUACGUGCAGAAUUGUCCUGAGAGCAUAAGCACGAUUAUCUCAUGAUGUGGGAUACACAAUACAGUGCAUUUUCCUUAUAUGAUGGGGGGUGUGGGGAUAGAGGUAUACUGAACAACUUUAUGUCAGGCAUAAAGGAAACCUGGUUAGAAAACUGAUUAAAGGAAGUUCAGGGUGGAUUCAGAGUCCUGAGUUCACGUGUGGGCUCUACUACUCCCUGUUCUUGGUGAGUCAUUUGACUCCUGUUUUCCAUAGCAUAGAGUGUUCCACAUCUGGGGAGGAAACUCAAAUGACUUAAGUAUAUAAGGCCACUGAAUACAGUCACAGAGGUUGUCUUAAAUGACAAGCCAUUUGUGGCUCUUUAUCAUUAAUUUUUUUGGAGGGGGUGUCUAACGUUAGCCACAUAGUUCUGCCUCUAAUCUUUAGUGAAGCUUCUUUUGGAUCCCAUGAGUGUUAGUCCUCUAUUCCAAGUUAGGAUGGGAAAAUCAGUUCUAUCCAUGGUUUCACCUGGCUAAUACUGAGCCAAAUAGCACCAGGUUGCAGACUUCAGAAUGUUAUUCUAAACAUUGCUUCAUCCUUGGCCUGGAGGCAUUACCUCUGGUCUCACUCAACUAACAGGACAGGCCUCAAAGAUGCUUCUUUCUCCCACACAAAUGGUCAUGAAUUUGCUUUGGCAGGUGGAUGAAGACUCAGGAACUUCCCAGAAUUCUGCCUCACCCACUGAGCCAGGCCCAGAUUAUGGGGCAUUGUGGCUAACCCCCCACCAGGUGGGUACUUGGUCUGAGGAAGCAUUCUAUGCUGGGCCUUUGGGGAAGAAAGGUGGUGGGAACUGCCUUGAAGGUGGGGGGGUGGGAAGGAAAUGUACUCAGUGUCACCUGAGGUAGUAUUUCAUAAUCAACCAUAAAAUGACUUCAGCUGAGUGAUUUUUCUGUGGGAGGGUGUCUGUAUAUGAUCAACAAAGGCCAUAAAUAAAAUAAGCCUCCGAUUCUAUAACAGUUGCUCCACUUUCCAGAUAGCGAACUGUAUUGUAAUAAUUUAGCUGUGGAAAGUCUAUGUCUCAGUGCUAAUUGAUGUGAGGCAAAGGGCCCAGAAGGCCCACUGCAGAACAGAGUUUGGUAAAACUCAGAUUUGAGGUUCAAAACUCAAAUCCCCCCAUGUAAGGGCUUGGACCUAGAGUCAAAAUAGCAAAUGCCAUAGUCAAAGCACCUUGGUGCUGGAAUUAUAGGAAUGUAAUAUACCAUUCUGGGGAUUGAGCCUAUGGCUUGUUGCACACUAGGAUAGCUGCGUUCUAUGAACUGAGCUAUAUCUCCUUCCAGCUUCCAAAAAUAGUAUUUCUAGGCCCUGCUUCUCAGUUUUCAGCUUUUAAAAUGGAAACUGCAUUUAUCAGUAGGUUGGGUUUAAAUGGAAAAGUGUCUAAAACGGACAUGCCCCUUGCCCACAUUUUACAUUGAGGGGAUGUAGACUGUAUUCUAUUUUUUCCAAAGGCAUUGGAUGAAAGUAAGUUCUGUGAUUACUUAAGGCAUGUGAAAACAUUUGGUGAUAAUUAACUGAUAUCCUGAUUUUGCCUGUUUAUCAAAAUGAAGCCUCCUAGGCCCUUCUCAGCUGCAAGCCUCUCCCCUUCUUCAGCGAAGGCUAUCCCUUAUUUUCAAUUCAUGGUUCACAAAGAUCUAAAAUAUACUUCAGGAGGUAAGACCGGACAAGGGUGUUUGUAACCAUUACCUACUUAGCAUGAUUACAGUAAGGCUCUUAAUGGUGGUUUUUGAGGAACUGCCCUAGAUCCUGUAGAUUAAAAGGUGGGACUUUACCUUGUUAAA